GAAGAUAGCUUUUCCCUUCUAAGAUGAUUUGUAUGCCUUUGGGUGCAUUGAUGUGGCGACUAUAUUACCGACUUUGGGGAAAAGUUUCCGUAAAUUCUCUUUCUUCGAAUCGAUUUCCUUUCGGGACUCGACGAGACGGUGAAGAAACUUUGGGCUUAGGCGGCAGGGCGGCGUUGGUGCGGGGUGCUGGGCAAUGGCGAUGAGGACAAAGAAGCAGGUAAACCUCUUCUACUGCUCCGAGUCCGAGGAGCUGGCCAGGAAGGUGGCCGAUCAGUCCGACGCAAUCCAACUCCGGACCAUCUCUUGGAGAAACUUUGAUGAUGGAUUCCCUAACCUUUUCAUCAACAAUGCACAUGAUAUUAGAGGACAACAUGUUGCAUUUCUAGCCUCUUUCAGCUCACCAGGAGUCAUUUUUGAGCAGAUAUCUGCAAUUUUUGCCUUACCAAAACUCUUUAUUGCUUCUUUCACCUUGGUAUUACCAUUCUUCCCAACCGGCUCGUUUGAACGAAUGGAAGAAGAAGGAGAUGUUGCUACUGCAUUUACGAUGGCACGGAUAUUGUCAAUGAUUCCAAAGUCUAGAGGUGGACCAACUAGUAUUGUGAUAUAUGAUAUACAUGCUUUGCAGGAAAGAUUUUACUUUGGGGAUGAUGUCUUGCCUUGCUUUGAAACUGGUAUUCCACUAUUGUUGCAGCGCCUUCGCAAACUUCCUGAUGCUGAUAAUGUAACUAUAGCAUUCCCGGAUGAUGGGGCCUGGAAGCGAUUUCACAAGCAAUUGAUGCAUUUUCCCAUGAUUGUUUGUGCGAAGGUUCGUGAAGGUGACAAGAGAAUAGUUCAAAUUAAGGAAGGUAAUCCUGCAGGUCGACAUGUUGUUAUUGUUGAUGAUUUGGUGCAAUCUGGUGGCACUCUAAUUGAAUGCCAGAAGGUUUUGACUGCUCAUGGUGCUGGAAAAGUUAGUGCUUACGUUACACAUGGUGUGUUCCCCAAGAGAUCAUGGGAGCGAUUUGUGCAUAUCAAGGCUGAGAGAUCCGAUCAUCGAUUUGCAAACUUUUGGAUAACUGACUCGUGUCCGCUUACCGUGAAGGCCAUUGCUAAUGAGGCUCCUUUCGAGGUGCUUAGCCUUGCUGGCUCCAUAGCGGAUGCCCUGCAGGUCUAAAUUCUUGUGCACCAGCUUUGCUGACUCUAACUCUGAUGGCAGCCCUAUUAGGUCAUUGAGAUGCUUGUGCUAAGCUUUUGCCAGUCUUUUCAGAAUGACCCUAAUAAGAGUUCACACUCCAAGCCCACAUUCCGCUCUUCUUUCAGUUCUGUUCUUUUUGUUCUCUUCAGUAUCAUAAUAUGAUCUUUCCGCUUGUCUUCUCAUCCAGCAUUCCUUCCAAACUAACUUGUGUUAUGUUUCGUCGCGUGCAAUGAGAAAUCUUCUUCAGCUAA